CUGCAUUUCAGCACUCUCUGUUGGUAAUAAUACGUAUCUGUCAUCUAAGAUUAUAUCUUUUAUCGAAUAAGAGUGUUAAAUAAAUACAUGGCUACGAUAUCAAUAAAUAUAUUUGACAAAUGAUUUUUUGAUUAAAAUUGAAUAAAUAAAUCAAGAUACAUUAUGUUUAUCAAAAUAUUUAUUAGAUGUAUAUAGUUUCCAAGGAUUUAACCUAAACAACAUAAGUUGCAAUGAUUUGUUAAACGAGUUAAUAACAAAUAACUUUGUAUAAAUAUUAAUACAUAUAAUUAUAAUUAAAUAAAUUAAUAAUGGAUGAUAAUACUGUGCCAAAUAUGAUAUUUCAUCCUAUAAUAUCUUCUAUACAAAAAAUUGCGCUUUAUGAAACAAAAUCGCGAUUUUAUUUAAUGGGAUCAAAUAAUACAUUAACGCGAUUUCGUGUUUUAAAAAUUGAUCGAAUGGAACCAAGGGAACUUCUUGUCAUUGAUGAUAAGAGAGAAUAUACUCAAGAUGAAAUACAAGAUCUCGUUAAUAUGAUAGAUAUGGGUAAUCGUACACGUAUAGGACAGCGCAAUAACGUUGGUGGUGUUGCACGAAUUGUUUCAGCUUUUGGUAUUGUUGGCAGCAAUAAUAAAGAAUCCAGCACAAAUAUAUCAGAGGAGUCUGAGCAGCAUCAGUCACAAAAGCCGAUGCACAAACCAACAAAAACUAAAUUCACCUGGAAGAAUAUGUGGCAGAGAGAUACUUUUCCCAGGCUAGUGUCAGCUUUUGGUCUUCUUGGUUUUGUACGCUUCUUGGAAGGAUAUUAUAUUAUUCUCGUAACGAAACGUCGUCGAGUGGCAUUCAUUGGUCAUCACACAAUAUAUAAAAUAGAAGAUACUACAAUGAUAUAUAUUCCGAAUGACACUGUACGAUUGUUUCAUCCUGAUGAGCAAAGAUAUGUAAAGAUGUUCCAAGGUAUUGAUUUGAGUAGUAACUUCUACUUUAGUUAUUCCUACGAUUUGACACAUACUUUACAAUAUAACAUGGCACCACCAAAACACAUCAAAUUGGACAUACCCAACAAUGCAAAUCAGAAAGAUAAUGAUAUAGAAGAAGCUGAAGAUUUUUUUAAUAUGUGGUCAUUUCAUAAAAACUGGCAACAUGAUAGUAAGAAGGAAAAGUAUAUUGAUUAUGCAGUACGUAGUAAUCCACAUCGUCGGUUUGUAUGGAACUCUCAUUUAUUAGCACCAGUAGAAAAAGAUCUCCAUAGAGAUUGGAUUUUAUAUGUAAUACAUGGUUUUAUUGGACAAUCCAAUGUUAGCAUUUUUGGAAGAUCUGUCUAUAUUGCUCUGAUAGCUAGACGAAGUAAUAAAUAUGCAGGCACUAGAUUUUUAAAGCGUGGUGCAAAUUUUGAUGGUGAUGUAGCAAAUGAAGUAGAAACAGAGCAAAUUGUUCAUGAUUCUGGUGUGAGUUCUUUAAAUAAUGGACGCUUUAGUUCUUUUGUGCAAAUGCGCGGCUCAGUUCCUGGUCAUUGGAGUCAAGAUGUCAGUAAGAUGGUUCCAAAGCCUACAAUCGUUUGUGAUUUAGUUGAUCCAUAUGUAGAAACAGCUGGAGCACAUUUUAAUAAACUUCUUAAGAGGUAUGGAUCACCAAUUAUAAUACUGAACCUUGUUAAAAAACGUGAGAAGAAAAAACAUGAAAGUACAUUAAGCGAGGAAUUAAAUAUGGCUGUGAAAUAUUUAAAUCAAUUUUUACCCCCAGAACACCAUAUUCAGUACAUAAGUUUUGAUAUGGCAAGAAUGCUGAAGCGAAAAGAAGUGAAUGUUAUGGGUCGUUUAGCAAAUAUAGCUCAUAAUGCAGUUUUAAAAACGGGUGUUUUCCAAUCGCAUAAUCCAUAUUAUAGUCAAAGAAAUUUAUUCAUGCCUCAACAUAGUAAUGCUAAAAAAGUUCAUAAAACAAAUUCAAGUUCUGGAUUAUCAUUUAGUUUUUACGACGUCAGAAAUUCUUUUAAUAAUUCAUCAAAAUCAGAAUGUAAUAAUUACUUAAGUACUCACACUUUGGAGAUGCCAUCCGUUGAAUGUAAUAAAACAUAUGAUCUAGAAUAUAUUGAAGAUCAUAUAAAGGAUUGUUUCGCGAGGAAAGGGAUACCGCAAACUGGAAUUAUUAGAACAAAUUGUGUGGAUUGUUUGGAUCGUACUAAUACAGCUCAAUUUGCUAUAGGAAAAUGUGCUUUAGGCUUUCAGUUAUGUGCUUUAGGAGUAUUAGAGAGUCCUAAACUUGAAUUUGAUUCUGAUUGUGUAAGAAUGUUGGAAGAAUUAUAUGAAGAUCAUGGUGAUACAUUAGCUUUACAGUAUGGUGGAUCUCAAUUAGUACACAGAAUUAGAACCUAUAGGAAAACUGCACCAUGGACUAGCCAAGGGAAUGAUAUUAUGCAAACAUUGAGUAGAUAUUAUAGUAAUACCUUCAGUGAUCAAGAAAAACAGCAUACAAUUAAUUUAUUUCUAGGGCUUUUUAUACCUGAAGAAGGUAAACCUUCAAUAUGGGAAUUAUUAACAGAUUAUUAUCUUCAUCAUAAGCCAGCUUGUCAAUAUCUUCGUAAAGGAAGAUUACUUACUCAAUGGUGGAACAAAAAUAUAUUAAAAUGUCUACCAUAUGCAUUCAAUGAAGUAACAAAAACUUGUUCUGAAAUGAUACAAGUACAAAGUACUUUAGAAGAAAUGAUCGAUGUUUAUUAUGAUUAUCAUAGGCCUUAUGAAUUAUCUUUACUUGCGGAUUUAUAUGCAUAUAAAAUAAGCCAUUCAGUUAGAGAUUUUAUGCCUCAUUUCACAACAAGCUUCAGUCCAUUCGCUGUACGUAUAAGGCCUGGUAGACGAAGGGAAGAAACUGGUAAUAAAAAUUUGAAUAUGAAAAAUCCAUCUAUGACUGGACAAAGUAGUACAAGCAGUACAACAUCUAGUGCAAGUUCAAGUGAAGAUUCAACAUCCGAUGAAGAUGAAAGUCAUCCACAAAUGAAUGAGUCACAAUUAUUUGCAUCUAAAGAUAAUUCAGAGUUAACGACUUUUGAACUUUUAUUUCCAUCAAUGAAAACUGUAUAUGGAAUGCAACCAGAAUAUCCAGCAAGAAAUGAUAUAAUCCUCUACAAAAGAUUUGUUUUAAUAGGACGUAAUGCAACGUAUCCGACAGAUCAAACAAAACUUCGUUCAAAAUUGAUACAACAAGCGUCAUUCCCAGAAAACCCACAACCACCAAUUGUUAGUUCUUUGCCAGUCAUCAAAGAUGCAAGCAUAAACAUAUAUGAACAAUAUGUUAACAGAGCAAAGGUAGGUGGAUCUAUUCCAAAUUCUAAUGACAUGAAUCUUUAUAAAAAUUAUGCAAAUCAAGAGCAACUUUUAUUAAAAUUAGUAUGUACUAAUAAUUGUAGCUAAGAUCUGAUAAUUAUAUUAUUAGAUAAUUAAUUUAUUAUACGAAUUAUAUGAAGGAAUUAAAUUAAAUUUAAGUUAAACCCGUU